GGGCCACCUGCCUUGCCCAGGAUUGAGCACGUGGCACACGUCACGUCACUCUCACAAAGACGCCAAACACUCCCUGAUGAGCUGCUGAGCACGCCCGCCCGCAACGCGCUGAGGAUUUACUGAGCGGAAGUCAUCUACACCAACGCUCCGCCCCAUACCUCCUCCCCGCGGUGCAGGCGCGCAUUCUCCGCCACAAUGAGUGCUACGCUGCCCUUCCGCGACAUCAACGUGCACGCCUCCUCCACCUACUACGCCUUCUCCUCGCCCUCCUCGCCCAAUGCCCCGACCCUGGUCGUCGACCGCCCAUCUGGCGACCUCCGCCUGCACGAUGGCAAGCUUACCGGCGGGCAUCGCGUGUCCAGCAUCUCGGGCAUUCUGGGGAUCAUCAAGCUGCGCCUAGAUAGCUACAUCAUCGCCAUCACCAAGUCGCAGCCUGUCGGCCGUAUCAAGGGACAUCAGAUCUACAAGGUCGUCUCUACGGAGUUCCUGCCUCUGCGCGAGCGUCAGGUCCACGAUCCAGACGAGGACACGUAUCUUGCGUACCUGAAAACUCUCCUCAAGAAUGGCCCCAUGUACUUCUCCUACUCCUUCGACCUCACCAACAGCUUCCAGAGGCAGGCUCAGAGUGACGCGAACGAGCCACUUUGGGAGCGCGCCGAUGAUCGCUUCUUCUGGAACCGCUUCAUUUCGUCGUCGCUCAUCGAUUUCCGCCUGGGGAAAACAGCCGGUCGUUUGUCGUCAGGCCCUCAGCCGGCUGUCGAUCCCUACAUCUUGCCCGUCAUGUACGGCAUGAUGCGCAUUACCAACACAUCGAUCAAAGGCAACGCACUCACAUUUGUGCUCAUCACUCGGAGGUCCAGAUUCCGCACUGGUACACGUUACCUGUCGCGAGGCAUCGAUGAAGAAGGUCAUGUGUCGAACUACAACGAGACGGAACAAGCGAUCAUCCUGAAUGAUGCUCUCUCGAGUGGUAUGACGAGCUACGCUGGUGAUGGGGGCUUUUCAAAUACGAAGCCUGUGCGUGGCUCGGAGACACAGGUCCUGUCGUAUGUGCAGACACGAGGAAGUGUCCCCGUCUACUGGGCCGAAGUGAACACACUCAAAUACACUCCCAAGCUCCAGAUUCGAGGUGUAGAAACAGCCGUUAAUGCCGCACGAAGACAUUUUGACGAGCAAAUACGACUGUACGGAGAGAACUACAUGGUUAAUCUGGUGAAUCAGAAAGGUCGUGAGAUGCGGGUCAAGGAUGCGUACGAACAGCUUGUGAAAAUACUCCAGGCACACCCGACCGAGUAUAAGGAAGCUGGUCGUAGAACCCGCGAGAGGUUCGAUGUCAUCGAGCCUAACGACCAGAGAAGCUGGUACGACCAUCUCCACUACGUCUACUUUGACUUCCACAACGAAACAAAAGGCCUGAAGUGGCAUCGAGCUCAGCUCCUGCUCGAUCAAUUGGCGGAUGGUCUGACAGCAGGAGGAUACUUCCAUGGCAUUGAUACCCCAUCUGGAGGCGUGGAUAUCCGCAAGAAGCAGACAGCAGUAGUGCGCACCAACUGCAUGGAUUGCCUUGACAGAACAAAUGUCGUACAAUCUAUGCUUGGAAGAUGGACACUUACCCGUAUGCUGAUCGACCUUGGCGUGCUGAGGCCUGGCGAGAGCGCUCAGGACGAUCAGACCUUCGAACACCUUUUCCGCAACGUGUGGGCCGAUAACGCGGAUGUAGUGUCCAAGACCUAUUCUGGUACCGGCGCGCUCAAGACCGACUUCACACGAACUGGUAACCGGACACGAGCCGGAAUGCUUCAAGAUUUGAGCAACAGCUGCACACGAUAUGUGCGCAACAAUUUCGCUGAUGGCCCGAGGCAAGAUGCAUUUGACUUGUUUCUCGGCCACUAUUCGCCGGAUACAGCAGGCAUCGGAUCUCUGCAGCAGUUUGCAGACAGGAGGCCUUUGGUCAUACAGGCUGUGCCUUACGUUCUUGGAUUCUGUGUGUUUUUCGUCGCUAUCAGCGUGAGCACGAACCGCCUACCCAAUUCCACCGUGUGGCCUCUGCGACUUUUCACACUCUUCAGCUUGGCCGUGGCAGGCUAUACUGGCCGUUUCAUGUGGAACUACGGCACUCUCUACGUGAACUGGCCGAAGCUCAACACACCGCAGUGGGCGGUCGAAGCGUAUCAAGACACAUUAGAGAAGGUCGCAAAAGAUCCCCUGCUUGGGUCUUUCAUUGGAGGCGGCAGUCGCGACGCUCGUCUUGGCAAUCUGGAAGAGGGCAAGAAGCGACGCGAGUAAUCAUCUUGAUCUUGCCGAGCGACAUGCAACAGCGCAUCAUUUUCAUUGAACCGUAUCCCAGCCGGGCGGUCUUUCUAGAAUCGAGUACAGUGCAUCUGCUGAUGAGCAGUGAUAGAGCGGAACGGCAUGAGCCAAUAAUACCGAGUUUUCGAUCACCGUGACAACAUUUAACUUUUUCGAACCCAAUGCCUCGAUUGAAGCACUUCACCAUGUCCUUGACUCCGCCGGCCGCGAUAUCAAAUGUGGCAUGCUGCCUCCAUCCCUAUCGUCACCGCCGCCGGCUGAACUUCGCAUUGCGUAGGGUCGGCGUAAAUCGAGCAGCACCACCGUGGCUCAAUAAUGGUCCAGAACAUCGUCCUUUCACAGGACGGUCAGCCCUUCACCCUGCUGGUAAGUGCUUGGGCGUGUAAAGGAUCAUCGCCAUUGGCUGACACGUCAUCGGCACACAAAAGUGGGAUGUCUANUACCGACGCUCACGAUGUUGCGGAGUCGCGAAAAGAUCAACAGCCGGACACAUCCUUGACGGCAAAACACAGCUAGAUAUAUCUUCGACGAAGUACAAUGCUACACGAAAUCCGAGCUCGUCGUAACAAAGCAUGAUACGCAGCAGCCGAAGAAAAAAGGGUCGGCCGCCACUUUCAUUCACUUCACACCUUCCCCAACGCCAAAAAGAACACCACUACUCCUCGACUGUCCCUAUACAGGGCAAAAGAAUGGACGCGCUGGGAAUUGAACCCAGGACCCCGGGCCCUUUCUAACGUUCGCGGGCCG